AUGCAUGGUGUCAAGACGGUUCAGGUUUCACGUGGUAAAUCAGGUUAUGGUUUUACUAUAUCAGGACAGCAUCCGUGUGUUUUGAGCUGUAUUGUGAGCGGUAGUCCAGCUGAAGUCAUGGGAUUAAAACCAGGUGAUUAUGUCAUGUCUGUAAAUGGUGAAAACGUGUCACGGUCAAGUCAUGACUCUGUAGUAAGAAUGGUUGGGUUAUCUACAGGGACUUUGGAACUUCAAGUUGCUGAAAACUUAAAUGAUUCUGAUUCUUCUGAGGAAGAGUACCAUCCAAGAGUUAAAUCGAGAUUUCCAAAUCGUAGCUGUCGCUCCAUUUCUCAUCACUCCAAUCCUAAUCUGUAUAAUAAUAUCUGUGAUCGUAAUGUUGGACGAGGUUCAGUGCAUCAUCGUGAGCGUCUUUAUGAAGACAUGACAUCUGGGCAUCUACCAAUGAACAUACCAGCCGGACAUUUACCUUCUGACAGUCUGAACAGUGAUAACAGUGAACAUUCAGCAAAUUUUCAUGAACAUAGUGAUGUCAAGGCUGUUGUUGGUUAUAUUGGUUCAAUAGAAAUGCCAAGUGAUGCUACCAGACCUCAUCAACGUCUGCAGUCCCUACGUAAUGCUGUGCGACGUCUCAGAAAAGAAAAAAGGAUUCACACAUUUGUGCUUAUGGAUGUUCAAAAUGAUGGUGUGAAACUAACAAAUAUGGCAGGGAAAAUUAUCACCCAGUACCCUGCUGAUAGACUGGCAUUCAGCGGUGUCUGUCCAGACGACAAAAGAUUUUUCGGAAUCGUAACUUUACAUGAUCAAUGCGAUGAUAUCAGUGAAUAUAGUAACAAAAAUGACAAUAUUGGAACCACAAGUUCUUGCCAUAUUUUUAUGGUGGAUCCAGAAUUGCGCUCGCACAAUGCUCAUUCUACUAAAGCUCAAUCUUUUGGAUUUCAGUGCACAAUAGAUCCUGAUAAUCUGAGCUGCCAGGAAUUCCCACGUUCAUGUACACAUAUUAUAUUAGCAGUGACUAAUUUGUAUAAGGGGAGACAAGGUGAAAAUUAUGAAAAUGACAUUGUUCAAUCACAAGCAUUUGCUAAUCCAACUCGUCAUCCUCAUCGUAGCUCCAGUAAUUCUUCUAAUAGUGACAGUGGCUUAGGAUUUGGCAGGGAAGAUAAUUCUAAUGAUCGUGUAUUUGUUGUUGACAUGCCAGCAGGAGAGUCAGCCUCUACUCGUCCAAAUGCUAUCGGUGGUAGCAGGGGAGGU